AUGGAAUCUAUUCCAGUGAUGAUACAAUACAAAGGCAAUUGGAUUGAAGCAAAUCAAUAUGCAGAUUUUGAAGUUAUUGGUGUCAUGAUUCCUCAAAAUUCUACAUAUUUGGAUAUUUUACAUAUAAUAGCACAAGAAAUACAAGUAAAUUUAGAAAAACAGAAUAUUGAGAUAAAAUAUCAAGUAAAGAUUCAGUAUCUACCACUCAAAAUCAGUGAUGAUUCAAGCUUCAGAUUUUACUUAGAAAUCAAGAAAAAGGAAAUCGACUUCACUAUGUAUCCUCUCUGCAUAGUAGUUAUCAGUGAUACUAGCCAGAUACAGACAAUUCUUCCAGAUGCAUCAGCAAGUAUUUCAACAGCUAUUUCAGAAUCAAACAGAGACCAAGAUACCAUAUCGAUACACGAUAGAUACAUGUCUGAUACAUUCGACGAAAUAGAUAAAGCUACUCUUCAAGCAUGCUUACGACUUCAUGCAAUCAAUAAUCACUACCAACAAAAGACAGUUAAAUCAUGCCAAAAGAACAUUUUUGUAAAAUGUAUCGAUGAUACAUGUCAAUGGUAUCUGAAAGCGUCAAUUAAUGUGCAUACAAAACAGUUCAUCAUUCAUAAACAAGACAUGAACCACACAUGCCCGAUAGAGACCAGAUUCAGCAAUCAAAAACAAGCAUCAGCAUCACACAUAGCGGCAUCCAUCAAAAUGAAGUAUCUCAAUGUCAAAGCAACAUACACACUAGUAGAUAUAAGGAAUGAUAUGCAGAUUUUACAUGGAGUCAAGAUCAGUUAUAUGAUGGCUUGGAGAUCAAGAGAAUUGGCAUUUGAAAUGUUAAGAGGAAAGCCUUCAUUAAAAGCUUCAAUUACAGGAUGGCAGUAUUGCAAACCAGUAAUUGUAGUUGAUGCUACAUUCUUGAAGGCAACAUUUGGUGGCACACUUCUUGUUGCAACAGCUCAAGAUGCAGCUGGAAAGCUGUUUCCUCUAGCAUUUUCUGUUGUGGAUUCAGAAAAUGAUGACUCAUGGCAUUAUUUCUUCACUAAAAUAAAACAGGCCUUUCAAACAAGAGAAGGUAUCUGCAUUGUAUCAGAUAGACAUCUCAGCAUAGAGUCAGCUAUUAAAAGGAUUUAUCCUGAAGCUACUCAUGGCGUAUGCACGUUUCACCUUCUCAAUAACCUCAAGACAAAUUUCAAGAGAAAUGCCAAGAAACUUAAAGAACCUUUCUUUGCAGCAACAAGAGCAUACACCGAGGUUGAAUUUGACUACCACAUGAAAGUGUUGGACAGCUUAAAUGCUCGAGUAAGACCAUUUCUUCAGCAAAUCAAAUAUGAAAGGUGGUCAAGGGUACAUUCUCUCAAAAACAGGUAUAAAACUAUGACAUCUAAUUUAGCUGAAUCAUUAAACGCAGCAAUACUACAUGUAAGAGAACUCCCGAUCACAGCCUUAUUUAUGCACCUACAUGACCUCCAACAAGAGUACUCAUACAAACACAGAAAAAUCGCUGUCGAUACAGUCACAACACUUUCAAUCAUCCAUGAAGAUUUACUUCUGCAAAAUUACAUUAAUUCACUGAAACUACAGGUGAAACCAUCUUCAGAUGAUAUCAUAACAGUUCUCGAGAAUGGUAAAAAGUACACAGUCAACAUAGUCGAGAGAACAUGUACAUGCAAAAAGUUUGAUAUCGAUGAAAUUCCUUGUAAACAUGCCAUAACAUUUCUAGCCGACAAGAAGAUUGAACCUUAUGCGUACUGCUCAAGAUACUAUACAAAUGCAGCUAUGUUAGCGACAUAUUCUGAAACUGUAUAUCCAUUGGAGAAAGAAGAAGAAUGGAUUAUUCCAGAACAUAUCAAGAACAUGAUUGUCAAACCACCCCAACAUAGAACACGAACUGGAAGGCCUAAAAAGGGUAGGUACCAGUCAAAGUGGGAAAAUCCGAAAAACGAUCCGAAUCAAGGGCAAUGUGAAAAAUGA